AUGCCGUCUUCUGCUUACCAGCAAGGUGACAAGGUUGAGUACCGCCCUGUCGGUGGUGCCACCGAGAACGUCUCACACUCUACUGGUACUAUUGCGUCGGUUUCGGAGGCUGAGGAUGGAUCUGUCCGCUACGCCAUCAAGAACGACAACACGGGAAAGACCACCAACUACCAGCUCUUGAAGGUGGUUGUUGAACUUCCGUACCGACGCCCCAAAAGAUUUGAGGUGUCUCGAUGCGGGUCCGCGAGUCUUAAUUAUGGUGUGACAGUUUUACAGGGUUACGACACCAGAGAAGCGGGGUUUGAUUGCAUUUCGAACGACUCUAUCAUGAGCUUGCUCACCACGGCCUGCAUUGCGAUGCUGGUGUGGGUCGCGGACGGCCAAUCGGACCACAUAAGUGGACUGGGGCCGAGCGCAUAUACCAUCCCCGGGCUGUUUCCGACUUCUGUAUACCAAUCGUACUACAAUGAUCCUACCGCCACCUCUGUUGAGCCACAGCCUGUGAUAUCCGAUCCUGUGACGCACGAAACUUAUCCAUACUGGCUCUCGAACCCGGAAACCAUCCCACAGUACGACACAUAUGAAACGCAUCCGCUCCCGCCUGUCGCGUCUCCCGAACAGCUGCUCGACGCGGCCUUCACACAGGUCCUCUCGAUCGCUGCGAAUCCCGUGUUCGGCAAUGAUACCUGUGCUCGCUGCCAGGCGUCCCUCGAAGUAGCGAAGUUCCUCGCGCUCACAGUGCCCGAGCUCGUCCCGCAGCUCGCGGUGCGGCUGUGCGAGCAGUUCAACUUUACGACAGACUCGAUGCCGACCUGCGCGCUCGCGUACGGGCGGGCCACGCUCGGCGCGUUCUACACGCAGGUGGCGGCAUACGCGGAUGUCGGCGGGUACGACGGGCAAGCGUUCUGCGCCACGUUCUUCAGCCUGUGCCCAAUCCCGCCGACGAGCCCGCUGGACCUGACAAACUGGUUUGCGAAGCCGAAGCCCGACCCACUCCCACCGCCGAAGCAGCCGACGGGCGAACGGCUGAAGGUACUGCACGUGUCUGACCUGCACAUCGACCCACGAUAUACGAUUGGAGCCGAAGCGAAUUGCAGCCAAUUCUUCUGCUGCCGUCCGCAAGGCUUCGAUAUCAGCCCUGAUCAAGUCGUGUUCCCCGCGCCACGAUAUGGUUCUUAUCUAUGUGAUGUGCCGCUCCCAACAAUGGUAGGAGUUAUGAAGGCCAUUCCCAUCCUCACUGGCACGGAAGGUACAGGAUUCGACUUCACCAUCUUCACCGGUGACUUGGUCUCCCACGACCCUGAGAACGAGUUGUCGAAGGUGUAUACAGUCUACACGGAGGUGAUUAUUCUAGCACAGAAUUCUCCGUACGAUAUCCCGGGAAAUCUAUCAAGCCAGUUCAAUUGGAACUAUGAUCACCUCGCUGCGCUGUGGGAGCUCGAGGAAUGGAUUUCACCAGAGACGGCGCAACAGGCGCGAACACAUUAUGCAGCGUAUGCAGUACAACGUCAAGAUGGGCUCAGGAUUAUCACGCUGAACACGGACAUGUGUAAACAGAACUUUUACAACUACAUCAAUCUUGCUUCGUCUGACAACUCGGGCAUGUUGAGGUUCCUGACAGAUGAACUCCAAGAAGCCGAGGACGCCGGUGAUCGAGAGCUAUCGACCGCAGACUUAAUCUCGCACAGUGUCGACCGGUUUUCUCCCCACGUUAUUGCCGGCAUAUUUUUCGGGCACACGCAUGAGGACCAGAUGACACUUGACGACAUGCAACCCGGCGCGACAUGCGUUCAUCAGAUCUUCUACGCAAACAAUGGGACAGUCAUGACUAAAGAGACAGCUCAGAUGGUUUCAUGGACAUUCGAGAUCCUAGACUCGUACACAUGGUUUGCCGAUGUCAACUCCUUUCCGGAACUGGACGGGCAAACCGAAUUUGGGCCGACGUACAAGUUUGAGUACAGCGCACGCGAGACUUAUGGCUCCAGCAUCUCGGGCUGGGGCCCCAAUGACCCCUUGAACGCGACGUGGUGGCAUCUUGUUACUGAAGCCAUGGAAAACGAUACCUCAUUGGUUACGGUAAGUUACUCCACCGAUAUCGUUCCAUGGACAAGACCGACGAAGACUCCUUGA